UGGCGCACACAUAUUUAUGAGUUUCCCCUUUGUAGGGUUACUGUUACGCUAGUCCAAACAUCAAUAAUCUUUGUCUAGAAAGCUGUCGUCAGACAAGAAGUGCAAAUUCAUGGUUUCAAGUGUAGGCUAGCGUAUCUAUUAAAUCGACAGCGCUCUUUAAUUUGUCGGCUCUGCUGUCACUUAGAAAAGGGUGACAUCUUGUGGUGAAUAUUUGUAAUGACAUAUUGCAUUUUACUCCGACACUGAUGGGGGCGAUAAACAGCGUUACAACCUCAGCCACCAUAUGGUUCUUCCCUUGCUUAAACUGGACAGCUUGCAAGAGCCGUUAUAUUCUCUAUAGAUGAAGACCGUGCAACCACCUGGAGGAAAAAGUGAUGCAGCUAGAAGAGAUGUCACGUCCUGGGUGUCAGUCUGCCCUGGUGGCCUUUGGCAGGUACAGAGGAAGUGGACAGUAGAGAGAAAGAAGGGGUUUGUGACACCUGUCCUGGGCUCAGUGUGCAAGGUCAGGGUGCACUGCAAAGGAAGCCCUGAAAAAGAUCCACCAGCACAGCAGUCUGACCAGAGUGUAGAGUCAACAAGCCCCUCUGCAGUGCAGGCUACCUCCUACCCUCGCACGUCGGAGGCUGUUCUGCAGAUUCCUUUGGAGGAAUGGGUCCAGUUGCGGGUUGGGGAAGGCCAGUGUGAUGUCAUAGAGGCGUGUCUGGACGGUAUGAAAGCAGGGGAGAUGUGUGAGUUUCAAGUGAUGCCUUUUAAUAAGGACUCAAUGCCCAAGAUAAGUGGUUCCAGCUCACAGUCAGAGGAUCAAGACGCCAGCAAAGGGGAAUUUACAUCAUACCAGUACAUAUUAGAGCUCCAUUCUUUUACCCCUGGCAAAGAAUCAUGGGAGAUGACGUCUGGUGAGAAGUGGACAUGGGUGAAGUCGCACAAAGAGAGGGGCGGACAGCGGUUUGGGAAGGGAGAUAUGUGGGGGGCAUCAGACAGCUACUGCAGGGCAAUGAAGCUGCUUAUCACCUUAACAGAAAGGAGGAAUGGAAAGAAGGACAGUAAGAAUGAUGAUAAAGAGGAACAAGGUCAUACUGAAGCAAGCUCAUUGGCUGCCAUAGAGGAAAGUAAAGAAGGACACAGUGAAGAGUUGGAGGCAGCCACCGAGCAGGACCAUGUCCCCACAGAGGACGAGUACACAGGCUUGAAAGCAGAUCUUCACUCCAACCUCUCCCUCUGCCAGCUGAAGCUAAACCAGCCUGCCAAAGCCAGGGCCAGUAGCUUGAACGCCACCCAGCUGGACCCAGCAAGUACCAAGGCCUGGUAUCGACUGGGUCAGGCCAGCCUUCUGGUCGGAGAGCUGCAGGAUGCCCGUCAGGCUUUCGAGAAAGUUCUAGAACUUCAGCCCAACUCAGCGUCUGCCCGACAGGCUUUGAAACAAGUGAACAUGAAGGAGAAAGAAGUGGACAACAAGCUAGGUCAAAGAUUAAGCAAGAUGUUCACUUAAUGUCUUUGUGGUUUGUAACUGGGAAUCGCUUGAAGUCUUGUCAUUGUGUCUUAUGGAUAUUCCUGAAAUAUGAUUAUGUAAUGUAUAUGACAGACAAGUCUAGCUAAUGCAAAAAUCUUAGUUCCACGUUCACUACUCCAGCAAUGACACUGUAAAACGUAGCCAGAAUAAUUUUUACACAUACAUUUUUUUUCUGUGUGAAAAUGGUACAGGCUUUGAUUGUGUGUGUGUGUGUGUGUGUGUGUGUGUGAGAGAGAGAGAGAGAGUGUGAGUGAGAGAAAGAGUGAGAGAGUCUCUGUGGUGUAUAAUGUUCCAAGGCUCAUUGGAAAGAAUCACAGAUAACAGAAUGUCAAGUAAAGAAUAUAUAUGCCACACUU